AUGGCUGGCGAGUCAGAACAGCCUCAUGGCGAUGCCAAUGUACACAUAACAACAGACGUGAUCUAUCCGCAUGGCGGUGGCCAAAUUGUCACUGCGGACAUUGGCGAAGCCGCUACUCCGAUUUCUACACCAGCAGUCGUUACACCGAAUAUUUCCAGUCAAUUGGCCUUUGAUGAUCAUCCAUGUAUGUCUAAUGCUGAGCUCAAGCAGACAUUGCGUCGGUUCUCGAAGCUGGUGCUGGCGGGGUAUGGGGGUCCUAGCCUUCUUUUCUUUGGAGUCUCACCAUGGUCUUCCUCGAUGUCAAACAAGAGCCUGCGUAAGGAAGAAGUAAAACUCACUGACGCCAUCGGUGCAUCAGAAGCAGAAGCGUCCUCGUCUCGUUUUCAACCCAGCUGUGAUGCUGAUGAUUCAACAUCGGAGCCAGGGAAGCCGUCAUACUCCUGGUGGAAUGUUAUGAUGGGCAAACACGACCGUGAUAUUUUCCUGAAAUUUGCCAACUCACACCCUCCUCAGCCAACUACGGACAUGCCAGACAGCUCCCGAUCAAAUCCAUUGCAACAGCCAUCACGACCUCCUACCGCAUAUAUUGGCAAUGAGAACUUGAUGCCCCGCUUCUGGGUACUCACAGACCACGCUAGGCGCGAAGUCGUGCUCGUCAUCCGGGGAACGAUGAGUCUUAACGAACUCGCCGUUGACCUCACCUGCGAGCCUACGCCGUUUGAGCUCCACACAGCUUCACGACCGCGCUCUCGGUCGAAGUCGAAGGUUCGUGCAGCGCAAGAAACCGACUCGAACAAGGACGAGGACGAUUCGUGGAGCGAGGUCGAAGAAGAAUUGGGAUGUAUUCCAGGCUCGUUUCCCAUUGAUAUCUCUACACCUGCUCCGACGGAGCGCUCUCCUCGCCAGGUUCAUCUGCCCCCUCCGACGAAUGCAACGACCCCCGACCGUCCAGACGACCUGGACGGUAGCAUACACCUGGUGCAUGGAGGUAUGUUGAAGAUGGCAAGAGCGAUGGGUGCGCCUGGAAAGCCUGUUCAUACCGCAGUACGAGAGGCCUUGAGACGAAACAGGGAAUACUCCUUGGUUCUAUGCGGACAUAGUCUCGGAGCGGGCGUCGCCGCUCUUCUCUCACUCAUGUGGGCUGAUCCUAAUACCCGCCUUACACACCGGUAUUCAGGGCUACCGCAACGUCGCGCCGUCUCUGCUUACUGCUUCGCGCCACCGUGUCUUACAUCCCCCCGCCUAGCAUCUAUCGCGGGGAAACAUGGUCUCGUAACCUCCUUCGUAUACGGACACGACAUCGUGUCGCGCCUCUCACUCGGGAGCAUGAGGGACCUAAGUCGGUGCUGCUCCUGGCUGUGUCAGGCGGAGGUCGCGCACGGAGAAGGACACUCAGCUGUAACGAAACGCGCGUUGCGGUGGAAGGCGGGGUACGGAAAGGAUGGAGACGAAGAUUGGUUCCUUGCAAUACGUAAGACCCUCGAGGCGAACAUGCACAUGACGCAGCUUUUCCCUCCUGGGCAGGUCUUCUGGGCGCUGCGGGACGGGGACUUGCACCCCUCUCAUCGCUUACGCGAAGCUAACGGCAGCAUGAGAAGCAACCGAGGGGAGGAGAAGGUCCGAUUGUUCCACGUACUCGACGUAGAGCGCGCGUUCUCGCAGAUCGUGUUCGCGCGCGAUAUGCUCAGCGCACACAUGCCGCAUCAGUACGACCGAGUUGUGCAUGAACUGUUGUAA